GAAAACAGAUUUAAUUAAAUGUAAAUGUAAAUGAAUAUGUUGAUGUUGCGUAAAUAACUGACACCAAAUACGUUUACAUAACAUAGAUAGAUGCUGCCAUGUGAUUUGCAAUUUCAAAGCAUCACUCUAACCCAUCAUCCAUUAAUCCUCUGCCUCAACUUCAAAUCUGUCAUGGCAAAAACACUCCUGCUUCUUCUCUUUAUCAUGAUCCUUCUAGCCUCAAACUCUAUACAAACUUAUUCUCAGCAAGAAGAGUUUUUCUUUGAUGGAUUUAACGAAGCUUCCACCACCAACAACAUAACUUUAAAUUUAGGUGCAGUGAUUGAAAACAAAGGUAUACUCCGUUUAACAAACGACACUGAAAGAAUAAUUGGUCAUGCAUUUUAUUCAAAUCCAAUCCACUUCAAGAACAACAAGAACUCCAAAGUUUUCUCCUUUUCCACUUUUUUUGCUUUUGCAAUAAUUCCUCAAUAUCCAAAACUAGGAGGCCAUGGCUUUGCCUUCACCAUUUCCCCUUCCAAAAAACUCACCAAUGGUUAUCCUAGUCAGUACUUAGGCCUUCUCAACCCAAAAGAUUUAGGCAACUUUUCAAACCACUUAUUGGCAGUGGAAUUCGACACGGUGCAAGACUUCGAAUUCAACGACAUCAAUGACAACCAUGUUGGUAUCAACCUCAACAACAUGGCAUCAAACAAAUCAGUCAAAGCAUGUUUUUUUACAACCAAUAAUCAAAUCCAAGACCUCAAUUUGAAGAGUGGUAAUGGAACUCAAGCAUGGAUCGACUACGAUUCUUCAUCGAAUCAGCUAGAAGUUAGACUCUCACCAACUUCAUCAAAACCAAGUUCACCAAUAUUAUCAUACCAAGUAAAUCUAACUCCAAUUCUUGAAGAAACUAUGUAUGUUGGGUUUUCUUCUUCAACAGGGUUACUCUCUAGCUCACACUAUAUAUUGGGCUGGAGCUUCAAAAUCAAUGGAGAAGCCAAAACCUUGAAAAAUCUUCCUUCACUCUCUUCACAUACCAAUAAAAGAACCCAAACUCAAAAAGCCUUAAUCUUGGGUCUAUCUAUUUCCUUUGUAAUUCUAAUAGUUUUAAUCAUUGGUUCAUCUUUAUACAUAAAGAUGAAAAACAAUGAUGUUAUAGAACCUUGGGAACUCGAAGUGGGUCCACAUAGAUUCCCUUACAAAGAACUGCACCAAGCAACAAAAGGUUUCAAGGAUAAAAAUCUUCUUGGGUUCGGUGGUUUUGGUCAAGUUUACAAAGGUGUGUUACAAAACACAAAAACAGAAAUAGCUGUGAAGAGAAUCUCACACGGAUCAACACAAGGGUUACAAGAGUUUAUCUCAGAGAUAGAAACCAUUGGGAAACUUCGUCAUAGGAACCUAGUACAGUUACUAGGUUGGUGUCGGAAGCGUAAUGAUUUAAUGUUAGUUUAUGAUUUCAUGAAAAAUGGUAGUUUGGAUAAAUAUUUGUUUGAAGAAACAAGAGGGGUAUUGAAAUGGGAAGAAAGGUUUAGGAUUAUAAAAGGUGUGGCUUUGGGGUUAGUUUAUUUGCAUGAGGAAUGGGAACAAGCUGUGAUUCAUAGAGAUGUGAAAGCAGGGAAUGUUCUUUUGGAUUGUGAGAUGAAUGGUAGGUUAGGUGAUUUUGGUUUGGCUAAGCUUUAUGAUCAUGGUGAGAAUCCAAGUACAACAAGGGUGGUUGGAACUUUGGGGUAUUUGGCACCUGAGUUGACUAGGACAGGGAAACCAACGAGGAGUUCUGAUGUUUUUGCUUUUGGGGCUUUGUUGUUGGAGGUUGUGUGUGGGAGGAGGCCUAUUGAGGCAAAAGCUUUGCCUGAGGAGCUUGUUUUGGUGGAUUGGGUUUGGGAUAAGUGGAGGUUAGGGGAGGUGAUGGAGGUUGUGGAUUGUAAGUUGGGUGGGGUUUAUAGUGACAAGGAGGUUUUGUUGGUGGUUAUGGUUGGGUUGUUGUGUUCUCAUGAGUCACCAGAAAGGAGGCCGACGAUGAGGCAGGUUGUUAGGUACUUGGAGGGGGAGGUGGCAUUGCCUGAGAUUGAUGUUUUUGGUGUGAAAAAGGAUGGUGGUGGUGGUCAGUUUGAUGAGUUUUUGUAUUCAAAAUCAUAUGAAAGAAUGAAUACAUGGUCAUCGGCCGGUGAUGACAUGGAGGGUGUGUCUACUUCGUCUCUUUCACUCUCUGGUGGCCGGUAAGGUAGGUAGUUAGCUGACUCAACAAAGUCGUGUGAUCUGAAUCAUCUACAAUUGUUGCAAUGUACAAAAGACAAUAAAAUAUAUAAGUCCCACAAAAUGCACCAUACAUCAACCAUAAAAGAUCAAAGUCUAACAAAGACCAACCUGGAUUCUCUACAUUCGACUGUAUGGUACAGUUGACUAUAGUGGAUCCAAUUUAAAGUCUACUCUAGAUUCUUUGUGUAUAGAACCUCCAUGAUUCGGCUUUAAGGUGCAGCCCACUUUUUUUAUUAUGUUUACCUUGUAUUUUAGUUUUUUUGUUUUUGUUUUUGUACAGUUGUUUUCUAAAUUUUUAAUAAAUUUAAAAUAUUUAAUGCCUUUUUCACCCCACAUGUAUUGUAUUAUAUUAUGCAAACAAGUAAAUUGUAUUUGUAAAUU